GGGGACAAGACCGGCCGCGAAAAGCAGAUAUUCGCGAAUACAUUAUUAUUAUUAUUAGUAGUAGUAGUAGUAGUAGUACAGGUAUUUUAGUUUUUCCACCAAAUGGAGAUGUACUACUAGUUUUGCGUUCUGAAGAAACACAUGGUGAGUAAAAUGGUAACGCAUUAAACACUUUAUUCAUUUGGAUUUAAUGCUGCAAACUUGUUGUGCUGCUCCUUCUGGUGUACCUGCCUUGGUGUAAUCCUGUUUCUUUUUUCUGAUUGAUGGCUCCAAUGCCUCCACUGGCUGCACGGGAAUAAGGUGGAGGGGGAAGAUGGUGUUGCCAGAUCCGGACGCUGAGGUGGCCUCCCCCUCUUCGUCAGGCAGUAAAGGAAAGGGGAAAGGCAAAGGGAAGAGAGAGGAACCGCUUUCUCUCGAUGACUGUCUGUGUCCGGUGUGCUUGGAUUUGUUUCUGGAGCCGGUGACUUUGCCCUGCACGCACACUUUCUGCAAGGGCUGCUUCCUGGAAUCGGUGGACAAGAGUACGCUGUGCUGUCCCAUGUGCAGGAAGCGCGUGUCUACUUGGGCCCGACUAAACAACAAGAACAAGACUCUGGUCAACCAGCAGCUGUGGACACAGAUCCAAGUCACCUUCCCACAACACUGCCAGCGACGCCUCGGCGGACAGGAUGCCGUCAACGAAGACGACCUGACGGCCUUUUUCCCCAGGAUGAGUCAGCCUGGUGAGCUGAGACAAGAAUAUCAGGAACAGAUCAGCAAACUGUCCGAGGAGAAACGAGAGCUAGACGAGGAGGAGCAGCGUGCCAGCGAGGAGUACAUCCAAAGACUCCUGGUCGAGGAAGAGAAGAUGCUGCUGGAAGAGCGGAGGAGGAGCGAGGAGGAUGAGAGGCUGGCCUGGGUGCUCAGCAAAGAGCUGAACGCUGCUCCCGUCUCCCCGGACAACCGUCAUCCUGCUCACAUCACUCCAACCAGGAAGAAAGUGAACACGGCGGGGCACAUUGAAAAGUUCUUUUGUCGACUUCCGUCCAAGUCAAGCCCGUCAGGCUGCAGCUCGGCUUCCACUUUGAUUUCCAACAAGGAGAAUAUCCUGCUCUCUCAUGGGCAUCCCCUCCCUCUUGCGGACCUCUACGGCAGUCACCAGGACCAACCGGACCACUCUCGCCCGGGUCCGGCCUCACCAUUGGAGGCGCGUCACCGCAGAAGCUGUCAAGCUGAUGAAGGAACUUCCAAGAGGAAAAGCUCUGAACAUACCGACGAAGAGGAGGCAAAGCGAGGAUGCCACCGUUCGCCCUCUUCUUCAUCUUCGCCCCUAGAGGGCGCUAUAGUGAUACAGGCGGAACUGGAGGCCAAGCUGGAGAGGCGCCGCCACCAGGAGGAGGUUGACCGACAGAUGGCGCUCCUCUUGCAAGAGGAGCUCGACCAGGAGGAGAGCCGGCAACAAACGGACCGGAGAAAAGGCUCUGCCGACGAGUACCCCCUCAGACGCGGGACCCCCAACUCCCACAGGAGAAACCCCAGGACUAACAAAACCUCCCCCACGUCCCUGUCCUCCUCCUCACUCUCCUCUUCUCCGGAAGCAUCCACCUCCUCCUCGCAAAACGAAAGUGGCCAACAGCCCGCCCUCACCGACAUGUUUUCUGGCCUGGGCAGCUGAACCCCCGCCCCCCAAAGGAAUGUCUCACUAGCCCCUGUGUGCUCACCCCACAAUGGAGUCUAAAAGCUGCUUCCAAGAGACAACAAAAACAGACCAAAUUGAGCCUUAAUACUGUGAACCCACGUAUGUUUGCAGUUCAGCUUUCACAAGUUCGCCUAUUUUCCAAAUUUUAGGGGCAACUUAUCCUCCGUUUCUGACUCAAAAGCUUACCUGGUCACUGCUUUUGUGCUCAGAUCAAAGUUUUGUUUAACAUAAAAUAUUGUUUUGCCACGAACCUUAUGGCAUUUGAACCCCCCCAUACAUGGUUUGGUAUUUUCACGUUAUCACAGUUCCGUGUUUACAAAUUUGUCUAUUGAUAGGGGGCAGAAUCUUAUCCUUCGUUGCUCACCGAAAAACUCACCUAUUCUGUGAUUUUGAGCUCUGGCGAUAGUCACAUCUUGCCAUCCUUACAUCCAUGAUACCGCUUAUCCUCACUAGGGUAAUAUAAAAAAUAUAGCUAUGGUGCUAAGCAGCUUCAGAGGGCUAUAAUUUAUUCAUUCGCUUACACAGUACACUGAUUUGUUUUUGUGAGAACUCGAUUCGUCAAAACUUGUGUUUUUGCUGUGAUUUUGCUCAGGCCAAAGUACUAACGGCAUUGUUUGAUGGCCAACCAACAGCAUCUUGAUGUUAAGGACAAAUGUUGAAAUGAUUGGAAACACAGACAGGCAUUCAUUUAGACAUAAUUAGUGCUUGGCCUUGCCCGAUACGCAAUUGCAGACCUUUUUAGGGUAAAGCACAAAUUAUGCCCAGAUUUUUGCUCUUCGUAUCUUCAUGUGGGUUCACUGUAUGUUGAAAUGAAGUGAGGAGCUUCAUUUAGUCAUGCCAUUGUCUUGUCUAAAAGAAUACAUGUAUUUUUUUGGUAAUAUUAUGGCAUCUACAGGUAAUUACAAUAGUUUUUUUAGGAGGGUUCCGUAUUGGCGGGACUUCAUUGCAAUUACAGGCCACUUUUACGCUGCCUCUUUGUCAAAUUCAGUGCAGCCUGCAAUGAUUCACAUGCCUUUUGUGCUGAACUCACAGACGUGGGAUAGUGCUGUUGUGGUUUGCUAUCUUCAGAUAGUCCCAGGGUGAUGUUAGUGCCUGGCUCCCCAUUGUCGCCUUACACAGCUGACGUCCCACCUCUGAAAAGGCGGUAUUGGUAUUUUACACCAAAGGAUGGCAAAACUUGAGAAAAGGUUGCUUAGAUGAGCAGGGUGAAAGCUUAAUUAUCUGCUGCGGGAAGCUGCAUUGCCUUUGUGAAAGUACAAUUUCAGGGGAAAGUGUCGUGCAUCCACAAAAUAUGUAGAUCCCACUUGGAUGUAUUUCUUGUUGAUUUUUGGGUUAAAUUUCUUCUGUUUUUUGUUUUUGGAUGUUGGAGCAGAUUACGUCACUUCCUGAAUUGUUGCUCGUGGCAUUACCGACUUUUUUGGCUGCUCUUACUUUAAUUUUCAAAGAAAUAAAAUAGUUAUUGAAAA